UCUCUCUCUCUCUCUUUCUGUUCUUUUUUCUGUGGUAGUGUCUGCUCCAAACCUCAAAGUAUCCAACUUCAAGUACACCGUCCGUCCUGGAUUCUCUCUCUCCUCUCUCUUUCUCUCUCUAACUCAGAUCCAAAUGCACUUUCGUCCAUAAUCUUCUACAUUCCAAUCUCAAUUUAUCCUCUCUUGAAUUCCCAACUUCAGCUAAAAAAAAAAAAAGAACAAGAAAAAGAAUCAGUUCUUUUUCUUGUCUGUUCUUUCCUCCGGAAACUUUAAAGUUCCUCGCAUGUUUUUAUAAUAUAACUAUAAAUAAUAACAUUUCUCAUCUACUUUACUUUACUUUACACGUUUGUUCGCAAUAAUUCGUUAGAGAUUAUCGCCUUCUUAAAUCCUCCGAAAGCAAGUUAAAAAAAAAUCUUCUGUUUCCAGCUAAAUUAGAUUUUGGGACUUCCGUCAAAAUUUCUUCCAAGGCGGAGAAACAUAAAAUCGGGUGUUUCUCUUUACCGAAGCGAGAUUCUUCAUUCAACCAAAAGGGUGUCCUUUUAGUCCCCAAAACUCUAUUGGGUCUUUUCAUUUUAGCCCAAGUCCGGAUUUUUUUUCUUCUUCGUUUUUAUAGGGUUUUGAGGCUUGUUUUGGUGAUCAUAGCUUGGUGAUCUAGACGUGUUUAGUCUUGUUUGAUCUUCUUGAGGUGAUUUGGGCAUCUGGGUCAUUGGGUUUCAGUUGUGUUUGGCUUUGGAUUUUGUGCUAGAUGCACUUAUUUGUUUAUCGCUUUGAAGAGUUUUUGAUGCUUUGUUGCUAAGAAAGAUGCAGCCUGAUGACAGAAGAAAGUCAACUGCAGAAGUCGAUUUUUUCACCGAAUAUGGCGAGGGGAUCAGAUAUAGGAUAGAGGAAGUUAUUGGCAAAGGAAGCUAUGGUGUUGUUUGCUCUGCGUAUGAUACACAUACAGGAGAAAAGGUUGCUAUUAAGAAAAUCAACGAUAUCUUCGAGCAUGUCUCGGACGCGACUCGCAUCCUUCGUGAGAUUAAACUUCUUCGACUCCUUCGUCAUCCCGACAUUGUGGAGAUCAAGCACAUCUUGUUACCACCUUCCAGAAGGGAAUUCAAAGACAUCUAUGUUGUUUUUGAGCUUAUGGAAUCUGAUUUGCACCAGGUCAUCAAAGCGAAUGAUGAUUUGACACCGGAACAUUACCAGUUCUUUCUUUAUCAGCUUCUUCGAGGUCUUAAAUAUAUACACACAGCAAAUGUCUUUCACCGAGAUCUGAAACCCAAGAAUAUCUUGGCAAAUGCUGACUGCAAACUGAAGAUCUGUGACUUUGGUCUUGCAAGAGUAGCUUUUAACGAUACCCCUACAGCUAUAUUUUGGACAGACUAUGUAGCAACAAGAUGGUACAGGGCUCCUGAAUUGUGUGGAUCAUUCUUCUCAAAGUAUACACCAGCAAUAGACAUAUGGAGCAUUGGGUGUAUCUUUGCAGAGCUUUUGACCGGAAAGGCUCUUUUUCCUGGCAAGAAUGUUGUCCAUCAACUGGAUCUAAUGACUGAUAUGUUGGGAACACCAUCUGCUGAAGCCAUUGCCAGGGUAAGGAAUGAGAAAGCCCGACGAUAUUUGAGCAGCAUGCGGAAGAAGAAGCCAAUUCCUUUCUCCCAAAAAUUCCCAAAUGCAGACCCCCUUGCACUUCGUUUAUUAGAAAGAAUGUUGGCAUUUGAACCAAAAGAUCGGCCUUCUGCCGAAGAGGCCCUUGCAGAUCCCUAUUUUAAGGGGUUGGCAAAGGUUGAGAGGGAGCCUUCUGCACAACCGGUCACAAAGAUGGAAUUUGAAUUCGAGAGGCGAAGAAUAACAAAGGAAGAUGUGCGAGAGCUGAUUUAUCGUGAGAUCCUUGAGUACCAUCCAAAGAUGUUGAAGGAGUACUUGGAAGGAUCUGAGCCAACGGGCUUCAUGUAUCCAAGUGCUGUUGACCAUUUUAAAAAGCAAUUUGCUUUUCUGGAGGAGCACUAUGGGAAGGGCUCAAAUGUUGCUCCACCUGAGAGACAACACGCAUCACUACCAAGGCCGUGCGUGUUAUAUUCGGAUAACAACUCAGUACAAACCUCAGCUGAAGUCACAGACGACCUCUCAAAAUGUUGCAUCAAAGAAGUGGAGAAGCCACAAGUAGACCGGAGUUGUGGAAUUCCUAUGACUAGGCUUCCAAUUCAAGUUCCUCAAAACAUCCAAGGAGGAGCCGCAAGGCCUGGAAAAGUUGUUGGUUCGGUAUUACGUUACAACAACUGCGGUGCAGCCGCAGCAGCAGAGGCUCUUGAACAACGGAGGGCUUCCAGGAAUCCAUCGGUUCCAAAUCAAUACACCGAGACCGGGGUUUCAUAUCCUAGAAGAAACCCACCCGUCUGUAAAAAUGAAAGGGGGGAAGACCAAGGGGUUGAAGGUUCCAAUGGGAUGCGACAAAAGCCGCAAUAUGUCAUGGCAAGGAAAGUUGCUGCUGCGCAUGGCGGAUCUGGAAGUCAAUGGUACUGAGUACUGAGUACUAACUUGGUGAAGAAUUUCAUUCUCCUAGACAUUACACAUUGCCUAUGAUAAGAAAAUGAACAAGAGCCUAGCCAGAGAUCUGUCACACGCGUGAACCAAUUAACCAUCGAAAUUAUGAUUCCAUCAAAUUCCGUGACAUCGAUGGAGAUACUCGAGGCUGUGACCCCGUUGGAGGUUUAGCUACAAGCUGUAUUCUGUAUUACUAAUUCUAAGCGUAAGAAAAGGAUUUAUUGAAUCCUUCGUCAUAAACCAGAUCCAUACAAACGGGAGGGGGAAAGGCUAGACUGUCCAUGACUUGCCAAGUUAUUUCCAUUUCCUUGACAUUCUUUGCAAAUUAACUCAAGUUAUUUUUUGUUUCUUUUAUCUUUUCUUGGUCAUAACAUCAGUGGUAGUAUCUGUUUACCAUGUUAUCUUUUACUUUUAAAAAAUAAGAACCUCUUCAUUUUCCUUUU